UAGUUUUCCAAACUGUUAUGUCAAGUAUAUAAAGAAAAUGAGAAUCCUCAGUUCUCUAAAGAAUCAAAAGAUCAACUAUAGUUAUCAGAGACAAUACUAACGAAACAAUGCCGAUCACGCAUUUCUGCAUUUUUAUCAUUAGGCGUUAAGAAAGUCGUAGAAUUGUGAGUUGACUAUAAUGACUGAGAGUUCUUGAAAAAGGUGCUUCAGAUCUGUGGGAUGAUUCAAGAUGUGUUGCAGUGGUACAUUAUAAUUCGUGUAAAAAAUGGCAUAUUUUGAUGAUUAUUUAGGAAACAAUUGAAGUCUCUUUCUUAAAUUUUUAUAAGAGCAUAAUCUUCGAAGAAUACUGCAUAAGAUUUUCAUGGAGAAAUAUUAAAAGAAUGCGGCAAUGUUCAGCAAUCAAAUGCAUUGAACCCGGUCAGUGGCAAACGCAAGCAGCUCGAAAAGUAUUGACUGUGGAUUUAAUGACAGUAGUUUUGCAGCAGCUGAAAUAAAAUUAAGCGAGUAUGUGUUAUGUCAUCAUAACCGGCGGCAGUUUGGUCUGGUUUGUGCUGAGCCUGGUGGCCGACAUGCUAAUCGCGUCAGCGAUAGUUACACCUAAAUGGUUAAUCGGUCCGAAUCCAGCGUUUGUCAGUGUUGGUUCGAGCAUUUCCUCGCGUGUAACAAGCUCUUCCAUUCAAAACGAAACCCAAUUAAUGUUACCAAUACCCACGGUCCGUUAUCCGUCCGUGGGUAUUUACACACGCUGCAAAAUGAUGCACGGCUAUGGUUACCACUGCGGCCCCUUCGAUUUGGAUGGCUUCGCGACUGACAGCAAUGUUUAUCCAUCGGCUUGGAAGGCCACGAUGUUCUUCAUGUCGCUGGGCUUCGCUGUGCACUCCAUAACGGUGGCGUUGACGCUAGUAACUUGCUGUCGACAGUCGGCUUUUGGCAAGAGCAUACACAACAUGACAGGUUGUGUACAAGUUGUAUCAGCAAUAAGCAUUAUGUUGGCGCUAUUUCUACAUCCGUUGGCUUGGGGAGCACCGCGUGUGCAGUUGCUAUGUGGCGCUGAUGCUGAGCCGUUCUAUCCAGCGGGUUGUUCUAUUGGUAUUUCCUUCUACUGUGCUGUGGCCGGUGCGGUACUUUGUUUCAUUUGCGCAGGCAUCAGUUUGAAAGCAGAGUCGUCAAAUAUGCGCAUGCGCGUAAAACGACGAGUUGAAGAGGGCAAUCGUUUGGUGUGCAUUCCAUAAAACCUUUACUAGGUACUAGGACUCUUAGAAUUACUCUAAUAACCUUAAAACCGAUUAUUCGAACAUGCGCUCUGUAACCGUUCAUAUGAAUAGUUACCGAUUAAUACUAUUCGAAUAGUUGCUCUGCUGUAAAUAUUUGAAAACACGACAAAUGUUUGAAGUCCAAAUAGCUUUUGAUUUUGCUUGCUUUAUAUUUGCGCAGAUUCCGAUUGUGCGCGUAUUUACUGCAAAUUGUAGAAGUUGAACACUUACUAUUCGAAUAGUCGACGACGAACACUUAAUCGGUUUGUCGAAAAUGAACGGUUAAUGGAAUAGCCGACAACUAUCCGGUUAAUCUUGGCCAAAUACCAAGAGCUCUACUUUAAAUUAUAUUUUUAAUUCUUCAAACAGGAAUCGGAAUAUUGCACAUCGAAUUUAUCGAAUAAAAUUACUGUGGUGUAAAUUAUUUAAUCUUUGUACAUUUUAAUAAUAUUAAGUUCCUUUAAUUAAGUAAUUUAGUUUAAACAUUGUAAGCAAUCUCUUACACAAACUCAAGUGACAUGUUUUUUGUAUUGAUAUAUAUUAUAUAUGCAUACAUACAUACAUAAAUGUACUUACAUGAAAAGCAUCGCGUGUGUAAUUAAUUUUAAGAUAAACAAAUGUAUAUGCAGCUUAUAAGAAAAGUUUCGAAUAAACGUCAUACAAGGUAUGCACCUACAAUUG